ACGCCGAACCUUUAAAGUGCAAAAGAAUCGAUUCCGGAAUCGCAGUUGCGAAUCGACGUGCAGGGGAAUCGCGCUACACCUACUGUACACGGGAGGAGCCUCGCAGGGAGCGAGCGACUCGAGCUGCCUGACGAGACGGUUGUGGCGCCUGAGGACACAGCAGCGGAUCCCCUAUCCAGAGCAGCAGCGAGGAAUCGGUAGGAGCAGCAGCAGCGUGUUGGGAUCGGGAUCAGAUGGAGGGAAAGCCAAUCGAGCAGUUUGUGCUGCUGGCUCGCUCGGCGCAAGGCGUGGCGCUCUGCGCUCUCAUCGAGCAAGCCCUGGACGCGCCGGGAGUGUACGUGUUCGGGGAGCUGCUCGAGGUCCCCAGCGUGCAGGAGUUGAGCAACGGACCUCAUGCUCCACAUUUCCAGUUGCUACAGUUGUUUGCAUAUGGAACAUACUCGGACUAUACUGCUAAUUCAUCGAAUCUGCCGAAUCUGUCAGAAGCACAGAAAAACAAGCUGAGACAUUUAACCAUCGUAAGCCUGGCUGCAAAGAUGAAGUGCAUCCCGUACGGCGUGCUGCUCAGCGAGCUGGGCCUGACGAACCUGCGGCACCUGGAGGACGUGAUCAUCGAGGCAAUCUACGCCGACAUCGUGCACGGCAAGCUGGACCAGCGCCGGCGCCAGCUCGAGGUGGACACCUGCAUCGGACGCGACGUGCGCGCCAGCGACGCCAAUGCCAUCAUCAACACCCUGCAGCAGUGGUGUGAUGGUUGUGAAGCUGUUCUGUUAAACAUCGAGGCUCAGAUUCUGCGCGCCAACUCCACCAAGGAAAACCAAAUCGCAGUGCGCGCACAGAUCGAGAACGAGGUGAGCUCCCUAAAGCAGACCAUGAAGGCCGCAGCUGCCUCGGCCGCCCAGGAGAUGGACCAGGUGGUGGAGAGCCGCGACGCCAUGGCGACCCCCGAUCCCACACGGCACCCUGGGAAAAAACCCAGUAAGGUCAAAGGGUUGAGGGGCAGUGGAAAGAUUUGGUCAAAGUCCAACUGAAUACAAGCAUUGCACACGCACAUAAUAUGCACAGUAGGUACAUAUAAAAUAUUAACAGACACAUACAUUUUAUGCUGACAUCUGCACGUUUCUGUAUAUACACACACACACACACGGUGCGCAAGCAGACAGCAAAUGAUCUGUACAUACACAAUUCACACAGAAAUGAUGCAUACAUGUAUAAAUUAAGCCUGUGUACACUGACAAAAUCGAACGCUUUCAUCUAUACAGUGCAAUGACGCUGCAGCAGCUGUCCUCAUAAACGCAGUGACCGAACAUGUUUAUAAAUGUACACGAUUGUGCAAAUGAACUCCUGGGAUAUAAAAUCAUGGCCCGAGUUUAAGACAAGGCCAUGGAUGUAAUCCUUAACUCCUUUUGAGAUACGAAGCAAAUAGCUCCGAAAAAUGUAGGUUCAAGACACAGGGGCAUGUACGUGCAUGUUGAACUUCUUUCGCACCGUACGUGGCCAAUGUGGACGCUCUUGUGAGCUGCAGGGUUGAUGGAUUCAAACCCAGUCAUUUCAAGUGUCACAGAUUUGUAUAAAAAAUGCUACUGUGCAUUAGGAGUAUGGAAAAUGUAUCAAAUUACAAUCACUUUUACAGCAUCCCUUUGCAAAAAAUAUCUCGUUGGCAAUUAAUUGACAGGAUGUAUUUAGUGCCUUGGUCGAAGGCUUGUCUAAAUAUAGUGGACUUUAGAUGGAUACUAUGAAGCCGAGGCUAUGUGCUUAUGUCCUCGGUGUAUAAUCCAGCUGUCUUCAUGGAAGUUAUCUGCUUUGUAACCCAAAACAAACGGCAAAACUGCAAAAUCUCACCAAUUGAUGCCCAAAGUAUUUGCUUCCAGGCCACAACUGUCACAUCAUUGAUACAACACAAGUACAGCCACUUGUGGUUUACAGCAACCCCAGAUGACGGGUAAUGUUUCAUGGGCAGAGAAUUGCUGAUCUAAGUACAAAUUCAUAUGCAAGUUUUCACUGGUUAUCCACCUACAGCGCUCGCAUAUCUACACAUUGCACCAGCAAUGCGAAAAACUCAUGCAUUUAGAGGUUUUAUUUCUACCUCUGCCUAACAGCCAGUCAAGAAACACACGUGCCCCUUCACACCCACGAUUGCGAAGAUGUUAAUAAAGUCUAUG